AUGAUGUCAAAAGCUACUUUUCUUAUACAAAUUGCUUCUGUACCUGGUAAUCAAGUUGGUCAACGACGAUUUGAACAAUGUCGUUAUUUACAUGAUUUACUUGUCAAUACAUUAAUUGAUCAACAAGAACAAAUAAAAGAAUUAUCUAAAUUAUUUCCUCAACAUAAAAUUGUUCUUCGAUCAGGAUUUUCACAAACGGCUCAAUGGGGUCUGGAACCAAAUAUGUUUAUUGAAAUUCAUGGUAAUGAACGUCAAGCACGUAUGAUUAGUGCACUUUUUGGUAAAGCAUUUUGUCAAGAUGGUAUAGGUAUUGGUAGUGAUGAAGUUAAAGGACAAAAUCAUUCUGUAUUAAUUAUUAAUAAAGAUUGGAGUAAUGAAGAUGAACGAUUAAAUUUUGCUUCAAUGAUUCUUCAACAUUAUCCAUUACUUUCAGUACAACUUGAUAUCAAUGGUGAACUUGCAUUUCAUGAUUAUUCAAUGCAAUCAUCAUAUUCAUUUAAUGAUAUUAUAGAAUUAAUUAAUAAAGAAAAUAAUCAUGAAAAAUAUUUUAUUGAAGAACGACAAAUGAAAAGUGAACUUGUUGAUCAAACUGAAUAUGAAAAUUUAUUAAUGUUACUUGAAUCAUCAAAUAUGCGUCAUACAUUUAAUAUGUUACGACAUGCACAUGUUCGUUUUUUCUCUGGUUAUGCAUGUGCUUCAUUACCAUUACCAUCAAUAUCAAUAAAACAUCGACAAAAACGACAAGAAAAAAAAGACGAUGAAUAUGAUAAAAACAAAAUUCUUUUGUUUUCACCUUCUUAUUCAUGUUCAUUAGUUUUUAUCUCUCAUCAACCAUUUCAAUUUUUUAUUAGAUUUAAAUAUCUUGUUCAAUAUGGAGAUAAUCCUAACCAACAAUGUCAAAUAGCAUCUGACUUACCAUUAUUAAUGGCUAUUGAUGAUAUAUUUCCACUUUUUGACUACGGUACAAUUUAUGUUUUUUUUAAAUAA